AUGACGGGUUCUCAUAGCACUCAGUGGACAGAGGUAUAUUUGUCGCAUUCCAUUUCACUUUCACACAAUAUACCCAGACACGCCGAAAACACAACACAACACAACUGUCCUGCCUCGCUUUCACGACACCACCAGAUGCCCUUUCAGAGGGCAGGACUUAUUCAACAGUCAUUUGCUUUUGCGCUCUUCAUCCCCACGUUUAUGACCAGCAUUCAGACGAAUUAUUGGACAUGGUCAGAUGAAGAUGAGCAAAGAAGAAGAAUCAAAAUAAAAAAACGGGCCUUUCUUUUCUUCUUUUCUUCUUACCUCAUUCGUUUCUACGGAACCUGGAUCGGCAUGGCGUUUAGGACCUUUGGCUUUUUGUUUUACUUCUUCUCUCCGGUAUGA